CGUAAGUUAGCGUCGCCAAUAGCUACGAUACGUACAGAUACCUCAGUGCAUUAAAACAUUAAAACUCAGUAGUGCAUUCUCUGAAAGUAACGCAACCGAUAAAUAUUACUUGUAUAUCUUUCAAUGUAUUUCUUUCCUUAAUAAACUAAAUGACUGUAAGAAGGAAGGAGCGCACCUAAGACAUACAAAUUACAGCAGCCAUGGUUCGCAGUGGUGACAAAGAGAGGCAUUAUAGAAGGCGCUCAAGAUCUAGGUCCAGGUCUCGUUCUGCCACUCCUGAGAAAAAACGACGACGAUCUCGCAGUAGAGAACGCGAACGAGAUAGGGAUAAGGGAAGACACAGGGAAAGACGUAGUCGCUCUAGAGAACGAGAUAGGGAUCGUGGAGAACGAAGAGAAAGAUUCGAUAGAGAAAGAGAGCGUGACAGAAAACGUGGAGACAGUAAAGAAAAGCGUCUUACAGGAUCAAAAUCCUCCCGCUCUGGUAAGGAGAGAUCAAACAGAUCACGAUCACGGGAUCGUAAGGAUAAAGAAAAGGGUGAAACUGAAGAGUUGCCCUUUGAUCAUACAAAACUUGAUAAGGAAGAGGAACAAAAAAGACUGGAACUAGAAAUGCAAAAACGAAGAGAGAGGAUCGAGAGAUGGCGAGCUGAAAGAAAGAAAAAGGAACUCGAAGCAACUAAAAAGGAUGGCAAAGUGUCAAUCCUAGCGAAUCUUCAACUUCCUAUGAAGAAGUGGUCACUGGAAGAUGAUAGCGAUGAAGAAACGCCUGUCGUCCAGACGGGCAACAAGGAUGUUAAAGAAGAAGAAGAAGAAGAAGGAGUAAUUAAAGAGGAAAUUGAAGAAGUGAAAGAAGAAGUAAAGGAAGAAGAAGAGGAAGUCGAUCCGCUUGAUGCAUUUAUGGCAGAAGUUCAGGAAGAAGUGCGGAAGGUUAAUAAAGUAGACAAUAAGGGUCCAAAAGCUUCAAAUAAUGGUGCAGGACUUGGAGCACCACAGACUGGAGGUGUGGUCAUCGUAACAGGUGUAGCCAAGAAAAAGAUUCAAAAGCAGAAAGGAGAAUUGAUUGAACAAAAUCAAGAUGGUCUGGAAUACUCGAGUGAAGAGGAAGGCGAAAAUCUUCACGAAACCGCAGCAGGAAUAGCAAACAAACAAAAACGCGAAUUAGCUAAGGUUGAUCAUGCGUCGACUGAGUAUCAGCCAUUCCGCAAAUCUUUCUACGUGGAAGUACCUGAAAUCGCAAGAAUGUCUCCCGAAGAGGUUGAGGCUUACAAAGAAGAACUUGAAGGCAUUCGAGUUAAGGGAAAAGGUUGUCCUAAACCUAUUAAAUCUUGGGCUCAGUGUGGCGUCACAAAAAAAGAACUUGAAGUUUUAAAGAAACUCGGUUACGACAAACCAACGCCAAUUCAGUGUCAAGCAAUUCCGGCUAUAAUGUCUGGUCGCGAUUUAAUAGGUAUCGCUAAAACAGGAAGUGGAAAGACAUUAGCGUUUCUGUUGCCCAUGUUCAGACACAUCCUGGAUCAGUCACCAUUAGCCGAUGGAGAUGGACCUAUAGCCCUUAUAAUGACUCCAACUCGUGAACUCUGCAUGCAAAUUGGACGGGACUCAAAAAAAUUUACAAAAUCUUUAGGAUUAUCGCAUGUAUGCGUAUAUGGUGGUACGGGUAUAUCUGAACAAAUCGCAGAAUUAAAGAGAGGCGCCGAGAUCAUCGUUUGUACACCAGGUCGAAUGAUUGACAUGCUAGCAGCCAAUAGUGGACGAGUGACAAACUUAAGAAGAGUCACGUACGUUGUCCUUGACGAAGCUGAUAGAAUGUUCGACAUGGGUUUUGAACCACAAGUUAUGAGAAUCAUGGAAAAUGUACGACCAGAUAGACAAACUGUUUUAUUUAGUGCAACGUUCCCAAGGCAGAUGGAAGCCCUGGCUAGAAGAAUUCUCACACGGCCAGUAGAGGUUCAGGUGGGUGGACGUUCAGUCGUCUGCAAGGACGUAGAACAACACGUAGUGGUACUCGAGGAAGAUCAAAAAUUUUACAAACUAUUAGAGAUCUUAGGACAUUACCAAGAUAAAGGAUCUGUAAUAAUAUUCGUGGACAAGCAAGAAAACGCUGAUACUUUGUUGAAGGACUUGAUGAAGGCAUCUUAUUCCUGUAUGUCUCUGCACGGUGGUAUAGAUCAGUGUGACAGAGACUCGACAAUUAUUGACUUUAAAGCUGGUAGAACAAAACUACUGGUAGCCACGUCGGUAGCUGCGAGAGGCCUCGACGUUAAGCAACUUGUACUAGUUAUCAAUUACGAUUGCCCCAAUCACUACGAGGAUUACGUACAUAGAUGUGGAAGAACAGGACGUGCUGGCAAUAAAGGAUACGCUUACACGUUCAUCACACCCGAACAAGAACGAUAUGCCGGUGAUAUUCUUCGUGCCCACGAAUUAGCCACGGUACCAAUUCCAGAUGCAUUGCGUCAACUUUGGGAAGGUUACAAAGCUCGACAAGCAGCUGAUGGCAAAAAAGUUCAUACAGGUGGUGGAUUUAGUGGGAAAGGAUUCAAAUUUGAUGAAUCCGAAGCAGCUCUGGCCAACGAGAAGAAGAAAUUCCAGAAGGCUGCACUAGGCCUUCAGGAUUCUGAUGACGAGGAUAUUGAGAAUGACAUUGACCAGCAGAUUGAGAGCAUGUUGGCACCUAAGCGUACGGUUCGAGAAAUCGCCAGGCCAUCCGCUGCGAACUUAUCCGUACCAGGUCAGCCGGUACCUAGUGCAACUGACAAACUGGAAUUAGCUAGAAGGUUAGCAUCGAAGAUCAACAUCGCAAAGAAUCUUGGAGCUGAGGCUAAGGGUGCUACGCAACAGGCUGCAGAGGCCAUCCUCAAAGGUGCCGGACCAACAAAUCUUAUAACGGCCAAGACUGUUGCUGAACAGCUAGCAGCAAAACUUAAUACAAAACUGAACUAUCAACCAAGAGAAGAAGAUCUUGUUGAAGGCGAGGGAGAACCUGGUGAACAAACUUUCCGCAAGUAUGAAGAAGAAUUGGAAAUUAACGAUUUCCCUCAGCAGGCCAGGUGGAGGGUAACCAGCAAGGAAGCUCUGGCACAAAUUUCCGAGUAUUCCGAAGCUGGCCUGACAGUUCGUGGAACGUACAUCGCAACAGGAAAAACACCUCCAGAAGGAGAGCGAAAACUUUACUUAGCUAUCGAGUCGACAAGCGAGUUGGCAGUGAGCAAAGCCAAGGCCGAAGUAUCCAGGCUCAUCAAGGAAGAAUUGAUAAAGCUUCAGUCAUCUGGUACUCAUACGGCAUGUCGCGGCCGUUACAAGGUUCUUUAAAAGGAAUUUUGAGAAAUUCAAUUAAUUGCGGACCACGACCAAAAUUCACUAGCAAUUCGUGUGCACCUGAUAAAUACCAUAGACAUUUUAUUAUACAUACGAUACAAUACAAAAAAUUGAUAUUUAACAAUAAUAACAAAGGAGUAUCCUUAAGGCUA